AGGGUUUAAGCAAACAAACAAAAGAAAAUGAGGGUUUAAAGUUCUCCUUUUUAUUUUGCAAAAUUGAAUUGAAGAUUCCCAAAUUUUUUUCCUCAAAAAAAAAGGAAAAAAUAAGUGAGGAAGGAGGCAUAGGAAGAUGGUGAUUAAAACGGGAGGAAACAGCUACGUUUCUUCGCCGCCGUCGUUCUCAAAUGACGCCGGCAAGCUGCUUGUAUGCACCGGCAACACCGUCUCUAUCUUCAGCACCUCCACUGGCCUUCUCAUGGGUGAAUUGGAAGGUCACACUGCGUUGGUGACGUCAGUGACCGUGGUGCCAGCUGCCUCACCGGCGAAAAGGAUGUUAUGUAAUUGUUGGACAUCAUCACUUGAUGGUACCAUUAAGUAUUGGGAUUUUUCUUCAGCUCCGGAGCUGGUCAAGACUAUUCCCGUUGGCUAUCCAAUUUACUAUACGGUGAUACCUGGUAUAUUAUGUGCACCAGUUGAUGACGGAGAGAAACCACAUGAUAUGUUUGCUUAUAUAAUGACUGAAGAUGUCAGUAGGUAUGCUGGACAGCAUAAUUCCACAUAUUACCAGAUUCGCAAGGUUAAUUUGACCCAGUGUCGCUUAUCUGGUGGUUUGAUUCUAAUUGAGACAUCAAAACCAUUGCCUAUAGCUGUAAGUCCUACGGGAAAAUAUAUCGGCGUUUGCGAAAAGCAGACCCUUCAUAUUUGGAAAAUCCCGAGGAGAGAUGCCGAUCGUGCAUCGCUAAAUAGAGUCAAGCUGCAUCAUACAAAGAAGCUUACCACCCUUGCUUUUCAUCCAACAGAGCAAAUUGUUGCAGCUGGUGAUGUCAGCGGGAGAAUCCUAAUAUGGCGGGGUGUUGGGAGAAAGAAGUUUACUAGUUCCAACGAUAAAUUGUCAAAUGGUAUCUUAUCAAUGAAAGAUUCGGAGGAAAGGCCUGGUGUAAGAGGGAAGGAUGAUGCUGAUUCUUGCACCACAUGGCAUUGGCAUUCUGCACAAGUGAAUCUACUUUUUUUCUCUACUGAUGGUGCUUAUUUAUACUCAGGUGGGCAAGAAGGAGUCCUUGUACUUUGGCAGUUAGACACCGGGAAGAAAAAGUUCUUACCACGUAUUGGAUCACCACUGCGAUAUUACGUUAGUUCGUCAGAUCCUUCCCUGUCAUCUGUAAGUAAAUCUUCUCAGCUCCUUGACCAUGUUUGGAUUGUACAGCACUCGCUGAGCAAGAUUUUACAGAUAUCAUGUGCAGAUAAUAUCAUUCAUCUGCUUCAAAUGCCUUCGAUGGAGAUCCUGAGAUCGAUUGCUGGCAUUAAGCCUCCAAAUUCAGUUCUGGAAACAACUGGGAGGCCAGGGUGCCCUGUAGUUGUUAAUCACUCCAAUGCCUUAGCUGCUGUGUGUACAGAGAGUUACAGCAUCCAACUUUACAGUCUGUUAAAUGACCGUGAAAUUUCUGAGGUGCGAGUAUGUGAAAGGAACCAUCAACCAGGGGACGAAAUUACGGUAGUUGUGAAUUUGGUUGCCCUCUCCCUUGAUGGAUCAACCAUGGGUACUGUUGAAACAAGGUUACCUGAAGAAGGAAUAGGAGGCCUUGUAAGUCUAAAAUUUUGGGACUCUAUCUCUCAUAGUAAAGAGUUCAGCUUAUCUACAGUCGUCUAUGAACCUCACAGAGAAGCUGGCGUUUCGGGCAUGGCUUUCCACCCGACACGUCGAAUGGCUGUCAGCUCCUCAUAUGGUGCUGACUUCAAGGUCUGGGUUUGUGGUUCGGAGGUGUCACAGAAAGACCAGAAGAAUGGAUGGACAUGCCAUGCUGUUGGUUCCUAUAAGAACAAGCCAAUGACAGCUGUCACUUUCUCAGCAGAUGGUUCAGUUCUUGCUGUUGCUGCUGGAAAUGUUAUUACACUCUGGGAUCCAGAGAAGAAUUUUCUUGUAGCUGUUAUUGGAGAGAGUACUGAGCCAAUCACAUCUCUCUCAUUCGUGGGGAAGUCAGAGUAUCUGGUUUCUGCUUCCUGUGGCUCAAAACCUAAACUCUUCCUUUGGAGUAUGGCAAAGCUUUCAUUAUCAUGGUCUUACAAUCUUCAAGCUGAAGCUGUGUCUUGUGCAAUGGAUGAUUCCUUGUUUGCUGUUCUCGCUCGUCUUCCCUCAUUUGAAAGUAAGGAACCAAUUCAAGCUGAAAGUAAGGAACCACUUGAAGCUGAAAAUAAGGAACCACUUCAACCCUCAUUACAAGGCGCAGAUGGGUCAAUCUUGUUUUUUAAAUUAGACAAAGCAGUUCCUGUCUCCGCAUGGUUUGUCAAAAAGGCACAAGGUGGGACUCUUGCUUUUGUUCGUGGAGACUCAGGGUUCGCUGAUGGCUGUGCUGAAGGGAAGCUGCCUGAAUUUCUCACCUACAUCAACGGGGCUCAUGAGUAUGUUCUUUUAGAUCCAUUUGGUGGCUGUGACAAAAUUCUCAGACGUGUUGAUCAAGCAGAUAAUCGAGUCGAUUUUGAGGAGUCUACAAGAGGGAGGUAUGGAUACACUUCAGUUUAUGGUAGCCUUCCAGAAUUCAAGUUGGAGGCAGCAGAUCAAACCAUGGCAAUUGGAGGAUCCGAUAGUAGGAGCUGGGAGAAAAUUCUUGACGGGCCUUCGCAUAGCCUUCCCCCUCUCACUAAAUUAUGCUCGGCAUUUCUAGAGUCGUUACUAGAGAGAAGAACUCCAACUGUUCAACCGUGAACUUUAUUAAUAAGUAGGAUUCCAAAAACUGACAAGUCGGAUAAAACAGCAUUGUUGACUGAAGACACGCCAACCAUGCUUUACCAUCUAAGUGGGAGGUCCCUCAGUUAGUUGAUCAUCAUUUUCUUUUGGUGAAGAUUGAGGAGGGGAUGGCAUCAAAAGAGACCGUUUUUGAAGUAUGCCGAGAUCGGAAGGUAAAGAGUAAAGAGGAGAAAAGGUGUUUUGAUCCGACUGUAUAUGUAUCUGAGCAAAUGUAGGAUAACUACUGCGACUUGGCAGAGUAAUUUGGACAAGAUCAACCCAAUUUUGUAGUGAUCAUAUUUAUUGGUCUUCUUGUAUUAUCUCCAGAUUGUUGGCGAUUAUUGUCAUCUGUUGUAUAAGACACCCUAUGUGUUUUUUUUCGGGAGAGAAUCCGUAAUCUUACCGGCGAUAAUUGUGUCCAAAUGAUGCAGGAAUACAACAAUGUUUUGAAUCUUAAAACAAACUGAUAUUCCCCUCCAGUAAUAAUAUACCAAGGAUGGUAGAACACUCAUCAUCUCCUCUUGCAGCAAGUACUGUAGAUAAAGAUUCACGGCUUUGAUGGAUGGCAUAUUAUGAAGGUUUUAUUCAUGAAGAAUCUCUAGUGGCAAUCUUGUACAAUACAGUGAUUUCUUCCUCAUUUUUCAGUCCAAGAUCCGUAUGUUAUUUGCUUUUUUUUUUUUAAUUAUUUUUUUUAUAUAUGAAAGAAGCCCGAGGCUUAAGUUACAAAGACCUGCGAUGUACAAAAGAGGCUUUGUCUAUACAUAGUAAAUCUAAUGUAGAGGGUGGGGGUAACGUCAAGAGAUGUUUCCCCGUUGGAGAAGAGAAGCCAAGUUUAGCUAACGAGGCCGCAGGUUUGUUUCCAUUUCUGUGAGUGUGCAAAAAGUCCAC